UCUACCGGGACUCUCUGGUUGUUUACCCUUAACUUGAAAAGAAGCUGGAAUGCCAUCUAGACAGGUAGACUUUGCCCUGAAGGGGAACCAACACUACAGGAAGAGCGACAGAGCUGAUUCCUGGUCGUCACAGAAGAGUUUUGUGCCUCAGUCAGUGAAAAGAUCUGCUGGCUUUUGGUGGAAUGGACCAAACUAAUGGCAGCAGUAAUGGCGGUUAUGGAGCUCGUCCCCCUCCGUACAACCCUCAGGACUACAGAGAGAGUACUUACACGGGGGUGAGCUAUCAGGUAGGGAAAGGGAAUGUUGCGGUGGUCUCCCCUCCUGGCACAUAUGAUAACAUGGUCCAUCCUGAGGGUGCAGCUGCAGCUGGAGGAGACCAGCAGUACGGUCAAGCUCCACCUGACUACUCUCACGGCUUAGAGGAUAGCGGCUUCAGCGAUGCUGCCAUACGAAGAGGUUUCAUAAGGAAAGUCUACUUGACCUUGAUGAUUCAGCUGCUGGUGACUGUGGGGAUCAUCUGCGCUUUUCUGUACUGGGACACUCUCAGGAGAUGGGUGUGGGCCAACUACUGGUUCUCCUACUCCAUGAUGGCAGCGGUGAUGGUGCUCAUCGUGGUCCUGUCCUGCUGUGACAACCUCCGUCGUCAAGUACCCCUCAAUUUCAUUGCCCUGGGCCUGUUUACUAUUGCAGAGGGCCUGAUGCUUGGAUCUGUGGCAGUGUACUUUGCUGCCGAAGCGGUUCUGUGGGCAAUGGGGGCAACAGCGCUGGUGUCCUUUGCCUUGAGUCUGUUUGCUAUGCAGUCAAAGUGGGACUUCACUGCAGCAAAUGGGAGCCUGUGGGUGUUUGCCUGGACCCUCUUUUCGUUUGCAUUGCUCUGUGCAAUCCUGCGAUCUCAGUAUCUUUACAUCCUAUACGCCUGCCUGGGAACCCUGCUCUUUUCCUUAUACUUGGUGUUUGAUACCCAGCUUAUCCUGGGUGGGAAACACAGGAAGUAUGAAGUGUCUCCUGAGGAAUAUGUGUUUGCUGCUCUCAACCUCUAUUUGGACAUUGUCUCCUUGUUCCUGCUCCUGCUGCAGCUCAUCGGCCUCUGCCGCUGACACCAAACCCCCAUGACAGACAAACCAAACACAACACUGAAACACAAGACUCCAACUUACCGUUAAAUAUCAAACUGUACAGAAAAGUACAAGCGGUAUUUUACUGAGUUAAGAUUGACAGCCCACUUGAAGCUCACCACACAUGCUAUCAUAUUUAAGCAUGACAAUGUCUACGAUCCAAGUCCAAGAUGUAAGAUGCAACACACUGUGUGCAACAUUUUUUGACAUUUGGAUUUUAUGGUGCAGUAGAAUGUUUUCCCGCCUAGAUAUCAAAAUUCAGUGUACUUAACAUUUGUUUUUUGUGUUGUUUUCAGUGUUGUGUAAGUAGAAACUGAGAUUUAAGGCAAACAGAAAAUAACUAAACAGCCACUCAACAAAUAAUGGACAGUAAUAUUGUCACAUCAAAGUAGUUCAGCCAUCCUGUGAUCUGUGCUGCAUUUACCAAAGCUUUAAGUCUCGUUGAACUAAUGAUCACCGUCGAGAGCAUCCGUUUAAAUGAAGCUUCAAGAUUAUAGCAGCAAACCAGAUUCCAGAAACCAAACUAACUCCAUUAAAGGACAGAAUCUGUCGGGUUCAGCACUCCCAUAAAACCAGCCGGUUGCUCUGUGAUCUUUUUCUCUUCAAAAUAUGAUGUCUGUUCAGAAUGUAGGUGUCUAAAUGACCAAUAAAACUCUAGAGCAAAUGUCUCAUC